CUUCGGCUCGGUACAGACUUUCGCUCCUCGUAAACCUCGAGUGCUUAAAAAAGAAAAUAACAUAUCGAAGGUCUCCGAAAAAUAUGGACUGCAUCGUCGACCGGCCUUAAUAUAUUGCAAUACUUUUUGCAGAGUCUAAAUUUAUCUAGGAAUUACUUUCCGAUUUAUUUCCCCGUUCGUAUUGUAUAUCUGUAAAUGAUGUUACGAAUUAAUUGUUUGAUUAAUUAAUUUAUGAGUGGUAUCUCGGGGAGUGGGGAAAAGUAUGUGAUGCGUCGGUACGGGAGAUGGGUUUGAAAUGACGAGUGAUUGACGUUCUUGAAAAAUUAUUAACGAGAGCCUUAAAGCGCGGGGGGAAUUUAUUUUUGGCCAGGGGCAUUUAUUUUGUUAUUUCUGUAAUAUGACAACCUGACAUUAUGUUAAUUGCUUCACCAUUGAUCGAACGGAAGGUUCAAGGAGUACUCGUCUAGUUACGUAAACACGGGAGAGAAGUUACGUAAAUCUCGAAGGUACGCAAAGAGUCCGCAGCCUCUUUUGCACCUCGCCUUUCCCGAUGUACACAAAUUCUUCCAUGAGAUUUGCAUACGAGCAUUGCAUAGAUUACCGGCCGAGUGUUGCGUAAAAAAUGCAAGACUCGGGACUCCUCCUCAUCCUGCCCACAAAGGGAAAAGGUUUCAGUGUCCGCAGGGAAAAGGGAGGGCAUUGCAAAUGAUAUCUUCAGUGAUAAAUAAAAAUAAAUGAACGGCAACUUCGCUGCUGGGGUCUUUGAAGUCCUGCACGAAGAGUUAGAUCUUUUCGGUCAUCUAGAGGACUGGGGGAUCUAUAGGAUUCCAAUGUCGUCUUUUGGGAUUAAGGAUCAAUUCUAGAUUAAGGGGAUUCUAGAUCAUCCGUAUGGUCGAGAAGAUGACGGCUGCCGAGGAAUCGGAGCCUUUGAUAUCAACACCCGCGGCAUCCACCAGCAAGCAAAGGAUCAGUUAUCGAUCCGUCACUUUUGAGGAAAAUGGCAAACCGACUUCAGGCAGUUGCAGCCCCAUGUCGUCGCUCUGCAUGGAAUCGAUCAUCGAUCGGACAUCGACCACUGCUUAUCAAAUCGAUACCAGAGACAGAAUCACGUAUACAUGGAGCGAUGUAAACGUCUAUGUAACUGCAAAAAAGGACCGCUUUUGGGACCGAUUGUUUAUUAAAGGGAAACGACCGGUCGAACAGAAGCACAUCCUGAAAGAUGUGUGCGGAGUCGCUUAUCCCGGGGAGCUUCUGGUGAUAAUGGGCUCUUCAGGGGCUGGGAAGACGACUUUGCUGAAUGCCUUGACAUUCAGGUCAGCUCGAGGUGUGACAGUCUCCGGAAUCAGAGCUGCCAACGGCCAAAGGGUUACCCCGAGUGUCCUGACCUCCAGGAUGGCCUACGUCCAGCAGGACGACCUGUUCAUAGGCACCUUGACGGUGAAGGAGCACCUCCUUUUCCAGGCGAUGGUCAGGAUGGACAAGGACAUUCCCUUCCGCCAAAGGAGGAAACGAGUCGACGAGGUCAUCUCCGAGCUGGCUUUGACAAAAUGCCGAAACACCGUGAUCGGGAUCCCCGGAAGGGUUAAAGGACUCUCUGGAGGAGAGAUGAAGAGGUUGUCCUUCGCCUCCGAGGUCCUGACGGAUCCUCCUUUGAUGUUCUGCGAUGAGCCCACCUCGGGACUGGACUCCUUUAUGGCCCAUCAGGUUGUCACGGUGUUGAAGACCCUGACUGCACGUGGGAAGACGAUCAUCGUGACUCUUCAUCAGCCAUCCUCGGAGUUGUUCGCCCUUUUCGACAGGAUACUGCUGAUGGCCGAAGGAAGAAUCGCCUUCAUGGGCACUUCGGAGCAAGCCUGCACAUUUUUUAAAUCGUUGGGAGCAGCCUGUCCCAGCAACUAUAAUCCUGCCGACUACUUCAUCCAGCUCCUGGCCAUAGUUCCUGGCCGAGAGGCCUCUUGUCGGCAUUCCGUCAACUCGGUUUGCGAUACCUUCCAACGAAGCGAACACGGCAUGAAAAUCUCUCUAGAAGCCGAGACCGUCAACGGGGAUUUUGAGGAUUCGUUGAAGGAUUCGUCUUCCAGACAUUCACCGUAUAAAGCGUCCUGGUGCGAGCAGUUCCGAGCAGUCCUUUGGAGGUCCUGGCUCUCGGUCAUCAAAGAACCCAUCCUGAUCAAAGUCAGGCUACUCCAGACUGUGAUGGUUUCGUUGCUGAUCGGUGUCAUCUACUUCGGCCAGAAGCUGGACCAGGACGGAGUGAUGAACAUCAAUGGGGCCCUGUUCAUAUUCCUCACCAACAUGACGUUCCAGAAUGUCUUUGCAGUGAUUACGGUGUUCUGCUCCGAACUGCCGAUUUUUCUGCGCGAACAUCGCAACGGGAUGUACAGGACGGACAUUUAUUUCAUUUGCAAGACCCUAGCCGAGGCGCCGAUCUUCCUGGCGGUGCCUUUGAUCUUCACCACCAUCACCUAUCCCAUGAUAGGACUUUACCCUGCCGUGGACCACUUCUUCAUAGCUACUGGGAUCGUGGCUUUGGUGGCGAACGUCUCGACCUCGUUUGGAUACCUUAUCUCCUGCGCCAGCACCAGCGUCUCUAUGGCGCUCUCCGUAGGGCCUCCAAUCAUCAUACCUUUCUUGCUCUUCGGUGGAUUCUUCCUCAACACUGCGUCCGUGCCGAUCUACUUCAAAUGGUUCUCCUAUCUGUCCUGGUUCCGAUACGGGAACGAAGCUCUUCUUAUCAACCAAUGGUCCCAGGUGGAAACAAUAGCUUGCACGAGGAGCAACGCGACCUGUCCGAAAAACGGUCACGUUGUUCUGCAGACUUUCAACUUCACGGAGGACGACUUCUGGCUAGACAUUAUCAGCCUCUUCUCUCUGAUAGUGGCCUUCCGAUUUCUGGCGUUCCUCGCGCUGCUCUCGAAGACGUUCAACAUGAAGCAGAAGUCGACGUCCUAGAACGACUCUACACGUCGAAAGCAACUCCACCUGGCAAUACUUCUACGACAAUAAACUUUGUUUU